AUGAUUUUUUUACUUAUCUUCGUUAUUUUUGCAGAAGCUGCUAUUCAAAUCCCUUUGCAUGAAAAUUAUGAGUCCUUAAGCGAUUCAUCUAUCCCAUUUACCUCAUUUCAAUUUAGAGGGCUUUCAUCUUCAACUGCUGUGACCAAUUUGCAAAAUGUGAGCUUUAUUUAGAGUCAAUAUUAUAUGACAGUAGGCAUUGGAACGCCUCCCAAAAUUUUUUCUGUGGGAUUAUCUCUAGAAACCUCUUGAAUUCUCGUAGAUCAAAAAGAAUGUCUGCAGUGCCGCAGAUGGACUUAUAAGUUUUAUUCAUUGCAAUCUGCAACUUUCAAAAAGACCAAUAAGAAAUGAAACACAGACAGUGCUUACCAAAUGCGGGGAAAUGCUGGAAAAGACACAGUCAUAAUAGGGAGCUUCAACUCUACAUCUCAAGCAGUAUUUUUAAUAGACAGCGAGCAUGGGAUGGACAAUCUUAAGGCAGAUGGAAUAUUCGGGCUGGGCUUUUCUAAAGGCCAAGCUGUCUCAAUUUUAAAAAGAUGAUAUGACGAAAAUUAUAUUGAAAAUAUGAUUUUUUCUCUUUAUUUAAAUGACAUAAGUGGCAUUUCUGGCUUGCAAGAUAAAGGUCAAUCAAUGCUUAUUAUAGAUGGCCAUGAUAUUUAUAAAUAUGCAGCAGAAGAAGAAUUCACUUACUCCCGCCCCCUGCUUAAGCGAACAAAACCAUUGGAAAAAUCCCUUUAACACAAAUUUUUUAUAGAAAAAAAUAUUGAUAUAAGUGAUAAUUAGUAUAAUGAAAUCUCUUGCUAAUUCCAUUUAAUUUUAAACAAAUUGCAUUUUAAAAUAUAAAUUUUACAAAUUAAAUAAAUAUUUGCUUUCCAAUUGGGAAUUUUUUACAUUUUGAAAAAAAAAAUUAUUAAAAUAAUUUUUUUAAAAACAAAAAUUAUUAACCCCUUUCCAUAGACAAGCAAAAUUUUUUUGUUUGCUCACUGAGUGGAGAGUUAUAUAAGCGUGUUAAACUCCGAUGAGUAUUGAGAAUUGAGCCUCGAUAAAGUCAGUCUAGGUGAUUUGACCUUUAAUAGUGGCAAUAAAGCAAGGAUCAGCUCAGGUGAAAAAGGAAUCCUUGGGCCAAAAGAAGCUAUUGAUGGAAUUUUACAACUGCUGCAGAGCAGCGCUAACUGCAAUACUGAUAGUAAUAAUCAGCUGACUUGUAAUUGCAAUGCAAAUUAUCCUGAUUUAUUAAUUCAAUUAAGUGGAAAUGCAUUUAGAAUCAAGCAAGCUGGGUAUCUGCAUAAAUUAAAUAAAGAUUGCUCCCUAGUAUUUGGCUACUCAGAAAUUGAUGAUAUAUGAAUUCUAGUGAUGCUUUUCUGAGAAGGUUUUAUACCCUUUAUGAUAUGAAAAACGCGAAAAUCGGCUUUGCUACUGUAG